AUUCAAAAGGAAGUAAUCCAGGAAAAGGAGACAGAAGCAAAUCAAGAUGUGUAGCUCUGUGGCUGCCAAAUUGUGGUUUUUGACAGAUCGUCGCAUCAGGGAAGACUAUCCCCAGAAAGAGAUUUUACGGGCCUUGAAGGCCAAAUGUUGUGAAGAAGAACUAGACUUCAGGGCUGUGGUGAUGGAUGAAGUGGUGCUGACAAUUGAACAAGGGAAUCUUGGUCUGCGUAUUAAUGGAGAACUAAUCACUGCCUACCCUCAGGUGGUGGUAGUAAGAGUACCAACCCCUUGGGUACAGAGUGAUAGUGACAUCACUGUUUUGCGUCAUCUAGAGAAGAUGGGAUGUCGGCUGAUGAACCGUCCUCAAGCCAUCCUUAAUUGUGUUAAUAAGUUCUGGACAUUUCAAGAGUUGGCUGGCCAUGGUGUCCCUCUGCCAGAUACUUUUUCUUACGGUGGCCAUGAAAAUUUUGCUAAAAUGAUUGAUGAAGCAGAAGUAUUGGAGUUUCCAAUGGUAGUGAAGAAUACACGGGGUCAUAGAGGCAAAGCCGUUUUCUUGGCUCGAGAUAAGCAUCAUUUGGCUGAUCUAAGCCAUCUUAUUCGCCAUGAAGCACCCUACUUGUUCCAAAAGUAUGUUAAAGAGUCCCACGGACGAGACGUACGUGUCAUUGUUGUGGGAGGCCGUGUAGUUGGAACCAUGUUACGUUGUUCAACUGACGGGAGGAUGCAAAGCAACUGCUCACUAGGUGGAGUGGGGAUGAUGUGCUCAUUGAGUGAACAAGGGAAACAGCUGGCUGUCCAGGUGUCUAAUAUCCUGGGGAUGGAUGUGUGUGGCGUUGACCUGUUGAUGAAAGAUGACGGCUCCUUCUGUGUCUGUGAAGCCAAUGCAAAUGUAGGUUUCAUCGCCUUUGAUAAGGCUUGUAAUCUAGAUGUAGCUGGUAUCAUAGCGGACUAUGCCGCCUCCCUUCUGCCCUCUGGCCGGCUCACCAGGCGUAUAUCCCUGCUCUCCGUGGUGUCCACGGCCAGUGAGACUAGUGAGCCGGAGCUGGGUGCCCCAACCAGCACUGCUGUUGACAACAUGAGUGCGAGUUCCAGCUCUGUUGACAGCGACCCUGAAAGCACGGAUCGGGAGGUGCCCACCAAGCUCCCAGGGGGCCUGUUCAACAUGAACCAGCUGCUAGCCAAUGAAAUCAAACUCCUGGUGGAGUGACUCCACUGGUAAAUAAUUAACCAACAAAACCCUUGUAAAACUUAAUUUCUUUUUCUUUAUUAUUAUUUUUUAAACCAACUUGCAAUGCUGUUCAUGGAAAACACUCAGGAAGAUGAGAGCAAUUUGAGUAAAAUUAGUUGAGAGA